GGUGUCAUCACAACGGUGGGAAAGGCUCAGUUUCCCGAGAACCAUGUGUAUAGGCUGAGCAUUCGAGCUGUGGAUUUGAAUGCGGCCAAACCAGAGACAAGUUUUGCUGACAUGCUGCUGUUGGUCUACACCUCCUUCCAACCCGUGGUCUUUCCAGCGGCCAUCUUUCAGUUCAAUUAUUCAGAGGAAUUACCUCCUGAAACCACGGUUGGAUACAUACCUGCACGAUCUUUAAAUUCCCUCAAUGAAAAAGUCUCCUUUACCGUAAUUCGAGGACCCGAUCCCUCCGAGGAACCUGUUCGAAUUGAAAAUGGUGGUGACGGCCGGAUUACCAUCAAAAGGAAGUAUGACUACGAACAUAUACUUGAUCACUCCUGGAGUUAUCUCAUAGAGGCGCGCGUCCCUAAUGGCUUUUCGGCCACCGCUUUGAUGGUAGUCAACAUCAUUGACACGGAUGACAAUCCUCCUUUUUUCGAGCUUAUGGAAUAUCAUUCAGAGCCCAUCCUUGAGACCGUCAAAGUCGGGACUGUUGUCCUCGAAGGUGAUUUUGGCAACCUCUUAAAGUUUGAGAUUUCUGUAGGCCUGCUAAGUGCUUCCAAUGAGCAAAUCUUAUUCGUAGCCCUUUCAUUCUGUUGCUAG